AUGCCUAAGAUUGUGUGCCAUGCCGGCACAGGGCCCAACGACAUCUGGUCCUAUUGCCCUUCGCUGGGCGCGGCUAUCCUCUUCACGGUCCUCUUCGGCAUCACGACGUGCGCCCAUAUAGUCCAGGCAAUCAUCUACCGCAAGCCCUUCGCCACGGUCCUCAUCAUGGGUGCCCUGUGGGAGACUGGCGGAUACGUCGCCCGCAUAUACUCGAUCGAGAACCAGCUGCAGAGCGGAAUCUACACGGCGCAGCUCCUCCUGAUCCUGCUCGCGCCGCUCUGGAUCAACGCCUACAUCUACAUGCUCCUGGGGCGCAUGAUCCACUUUUUCUUGCCCAAGGGCGAGGACCGUGUGUUCAAGAUCCGCGCACGGGCCAUCACCCGCAUGUUCGUGGCGUUCGACAUCACGGCGUUUCUCAUCCAGGCCGUCGGCGGCACCAUGACGGGUCCGGGCGCGAGUGCGUCGGUCCAGAAGACCGGCUUGAACAUCUACACGGGCGGCGUGGGCGUGCAAUUGUUCUUUCUCGUCAUCUUUGUCUCCUUGGCCAUCGGGUUCCAACGCAAGGUCCAGUUCCUGAGGCAGCGAAGGUCCCCUAGCAGAGCAGGUCUCUACUUCGCCGACAUCGAAACGCAAUACCAACCCGCGCCCGCGUCGUCCCCCUCACCCGACCCAAGCCGCCGGUCCUCCUUUCAAAUGCAGUCCCUCUACCCUACGCCGGAGCACCCUUUUACCACCACAACAGUAACAUCUCCUAACCUCGACCUCGCCACGCCGCUACUACGCCUGCUCUACAUCACGCUGGCGCUGAUCAUCGUGCGCAACAUCUACCGCCUCGUCGAGUUCGGGAUGGGCGCCAACUCCCCGACAGUGACGCACGAGUGGUUCGCAUACGUGUUCGACGGCGUGCCCAUGUUCUUCGCGCUCCUGUGGCUCAACGUCUUCUACCCGGGCCGCUUCCUGCAGGGCGAGCGGAGCGACUUCUCCCAGGAGGACCGGGAGCGGAAGCUAGAGAAGAAAUCGCGGAAGCAGCAGAAGAAAGACGACAAGCGCGAGCGGAAGGAGAUGAAGAGGAUGGCCAAGGAUGGAAUGGGUGCUGAGGGCGGUGCAUACGAGGCUCUCAAGUAA